CCCUAUCGGAACUCGUCAGAUUCAGGCUAAACACAACACGGACCCGAAAGCCCGCACACAACGGCUAGUCCCUCACCUCAAGUCACCACCUGCUGCCUCCUUAUGCGGAGAUGGCCACCUCCCGUCCAAGCCGCCGCUCGCCGCCGCGCCAAGGCCGCGGCCCCCGCCGCCGACGACGACGACCUCGUCCUCCGGCACAACCGCUCCCUCGCGUCCCUCCUCCGCGCCGGCCGCUACGCCGCCGCGCGGCGCCUCUUCGACUCCCUCCCGGCGCGCUCCGUCGUGACGUGGAACUCGUUCCUGGCCGGGCUCGCCCGCCGCCGCGACGUCCGCGCGGCGCGGGACUUCUUCGACGCCAUGCCCGUCCGCGACGCCGUCUCGUGGAACACGCUGCUCGUCGCCUACUCCUCCUCGGCGCACCCGGACCACCUCGCGGCUGCGCGAAGGCUGUUCGACGAAAUGCCCCAGCGUGACGUCGUCACGUGGAACACGCUGCUCGGCGCCUACGCGCGCCGCGGGCUAAUGGACGAGGCGCAGAGGCUGUUCGACGAGAUGCCCCAGAGGAACACCGCUUCUUGGAACACGAUGGUCACUGGGUUCUUCGCAGCUGGUCAGGUGAGGAAGGCACUUGACGCGUUUGAUGUAAUGCCUGCCAAGGACUCCGCAUCUCUGAGCACGAUGGUGUCUGGGUUUACCAAGAACGGUCUUCUAUGUGAGGCUGAGGAGCUGUUGACAAAGCGCUUGAGGGUGACAGACAUGGACAAAGCUGUUGACGCUUACAAUACACUGAUUGCCGCAUAUGGACAGGCUGGGAGAGUUAGUGAUGCCAGAAGGUUAUUUGAUAUCAUACCCAAAGGACAACACCAGUGCAAUAUGCUCAAAAGGAAUGUUUUUGAGAGGAAUGUUGUUUCAUGGAACUCGAUGAUGGCUUGCUAUAUAAAGGUUGGUGAUGUUUGCUCAGCUAGGGCAUUGUUUGAUGAGAUGACAGAUAAGGACUUGGUUUCAUGGAACACUAUGAUUUCUGGGUAUAGUCAAGUAGCAGAUAUGAAAGAAGCAGAGAAACUGUUCUGGGAAAUGCCAGAUCCUGAUUCAGUGUCAUGGAAUUUAAUCAUACGAGGAUUCAUGCAAAAAGGAGAGGUUGUGCAUGCUAGGGGAUUUUUUGAUGGGAUGCCAGAGCGUGGAACCAUAUCGUGGAAUACAAUGAUAUCUGGUUAUGAGAAAAAUGGGGAUUACGUCAGCUCAGUCAAGUUAUUUUCGGAGAUGCUUGAAGCUGGGAAGAUACCUGAUCGGCAUACCUUCUCUUCUGUUCUAGCGGCAUGUGCAUCACUCCCUAUGUUACACCUUGGAGCUCAGAUCCACCAACUUGUUGAAAAAUCAUUUGUACCGGAUACUGCAAUCAGCAAUGCACUUAUAACGAUGUACUCCAGAUGUGGGGCACUAACUGAUGCGGAGGCCAUCUUCAAGCAGAUGCAUACAAAAAAAGAUUUAGUGUCUUGGAAUGCACUAAUAGGAGGUUAUGAACACCAUGGUCAUGCUACAAAAGCCUUAAAACUGUUCAAAGAGAUGAGGAGUGCCAAGGUUAUGCCUACUCACAUAACCUUUAUUUCUCUCUUGAAUGCAUGUGUCAAUGCUGGUCUUGUCUCAGAAGGACGGAUGGUUUUCGAUACCAUGGUUCACGAGUAUGGCAUUGUUGCUAGAAUUGAGCACUAUGCUGCACUCGUCAAUCUCAUAGGACGUCAUGGACAACUUGAUGACGCGUUGGAGGUGAUCAAUAGCAUGCCAAUGGCUCCAGAUCGAUCAGUCUGGGGUGCAUUCCUUGGAGCUUGUACAGCUAAGAAGAAUGAGCCACUGGCUCAAAUGGCUGCAAAGCAGCUAUCAAAGAUUAAUCCUGACAGUUCUGCUCCAUAUGUACUUAUUCAUAACCUAUAUGCAUAUGAAGGGAGGUGGGGAAGUGCAGCGGUGGUAAGGGAAGAGAUGGAACGGCAAGGCGUUUACAAGCAGCCAGGGUACAGCUGGAUUGAUUUGGAAGGCAAGGUUCAUGUCUUCAUCUCAGGGGAUACUUUGCACCCCCUUGCCCGGGAGAUUUUCUCUAUCCUGGAAAGUUUUGACCGGUCAUGUAGAGAAUGGAGUUGACGUUGGCAAAAUCGUUCGCUGGUGAACGCUGCAGCCUGGGUUCGAAUCCUGAACCUAUCAUCUUCCACCUGGUUUAAAUAAAGGGUUGAAAAAUGGAAAUAUGUGGCUCCUCCUUUCUACCUGGUUUAAAUAAAGGGUUGAAAAAUGGAAAUAUGUGGCUCCUCCUUUCUUAAUUCCAUUGGAUGGCUAGCUCCUUCUAGUCAUCCCAACUUUUUCCUGA